AUGGCAGCGAUGCGGAAGCAGCUGAUCGAGUACCUCGAGGCAAACAAGGGCUUCGAGGACUCCGAGGUCCUGUGCAAGGACAAAGGUUGGGACCACGAAGUGCUUGUGGGCGCCAUCAAGUCCUUGCAGUCUGAGGAGCAGGUCACCGCGGAGCCCAUCAAGCGCGAAGGCUGGAAGCUCACCGAGGAGGGCGUGCAGUACAUGGAGAAGGGAAGCCCGGAGUUCCAGGUUUUCAGCUUCAUCAAGUCGAGGGGCUCCGUGCCGAAUGCAGACGUCGAUGCCGCUCUUGGUGCCAUUGCCAAGAUCGGCCUCGGCACUUGCAUGAAGAACAAGUGGGUCUCCAUCGAUAAGGCCACCAAGGUCUGCACACCCUCCGUGGAUGCCGUGGAGGACGGUGUCCAGAAAGAGCUCUCGUCUUUGAGCACCUUAGACAAGGCGAAGCUGGACGCGCUGAAGAAGCGCAAGCUCAUAGCGCCAACGAGCCUGACGGCCUUCAAGGUCGAGAGGAGCGACAAGUUCUCAGCAGCGUCUCAGAAGGCAGUUGCCGACCUGACGGCCGAGAUGAUUCAGAAGGGCACGUGGAGCAGCACCACUUUCAAGCCCUUCAACCUAACAAAUGUCAGCGGUGUGCCUUGCACUGGUGGACACUUGCAUCCCCUCAACAAGGUAAAGACAGAGAUGCGCCAAAUUCUAAUGCAGAUGGGCUUCGAGGAGAUGACCACAAAUCAGUGGGUGGAGAGUUCCUUCUGGAACUUCGACGCUCUUUUCCAGCCACAGCAGCAUCCAGCGCGGGAUGCCCACGACACCUUUUUCAUGGAGGAGCCCAGCAGGGCGCAGGACAUCCCUGAAGAGUACCUUGCGAAAGUGAAGGAGAUGCAUGAGUGGAAGGGUGGCCAGGGAUCCAUCGGAUGGCGCUAUGACUGGAGCGAGGAGAAUUGGGCAGCAUCUGGUUGCGUGGUUUCUUUCCCAAAAGUGGGGGGGAGAUGCCGAAUCAAAUCUUGGGAUCUGCUAGAACUGUGGUACUAG